UUGUGAGAAGCCUGGCCGCGCAGUGAGUGGGUGGGAUUUCGCUCAUGUUGUCGUUGACACUUGAGUCGAGCAAUAGUCAGAAGACAAAACUAGUCCUGUGAUAAAUUCCGACAUGGAAUCACAGAAGAAAAGUCCUCGUUCCUUGACACUAUUAAGCGGCGUUUUCUUCUUGUGUGUUCACCUCCAUUUGGGUUAUGGAGGAGAUUGUCCUGCAGACGGACGCACCUGGGUGCCCAGUAAAGAUAGGUGUUACCACUUUGUCCAUGGAAAAGAAGACGAAAUCAAAAGCUACACGUUUGAGCGAGCAAAAUCACUUUGUCAAGGCUUUGAGCUUUUGACCAUCCAAAGUGCUGAAGAGAAUGACUUUGUCAUUGAAUAUAGCCCACAAGUGUGGAAGGGAAAUGUGAACGUGUGGCUUGGAAUGUAUUAUGACACUAACAGUGAAGGCAUGAGAUGGUUGAAUGAGAAGCCUGUAACAUACAGCAACUGGGAAUACAGCCCUUCUCCAUCAGACCUCCUGCCUAUGGAUACAUGUGUGGCUCUGCACAGCAAUUCAGGAAAGUGGGAAAAUGUUAGCUGUACUGAUGAAGUGGAGAAUGGAGUGGUCUGUGAAGUAGCUCAGACAGAACAAGCCAAACAGAAGCCUAGUGCACUGCUCUCCGCCCUGGUCAUUCUCAGCGUGGUGUCCGUCAUAGGAAUAUCGGCAGUAAUUUGGUUUUUUCACCAGAAGCACAGUGUUGGCUCCGCUGUCAUCACAGCAUUUGAGUACCACCCUCCAUUCCGAGUGUUGGACACGGACCAAUCCUGCCUGUUGGAGGCUGAGGAGACUGACAGCGUGCCAUAGGAAAACUUUCUCUCUCUUCCACAAUAUCAAACACCAGACCCUCCUCACCGGGUGGGUGUUUUGUACAAAGACAAAGUCCACUCUCUUAUCAGUUGCUUGAACAGUCUGGAUUUAUCGCAUGCUGUGACUCAAUAAUGAAAAGUGAUUGGGAGAAAACUGACUCUCACUAACCUCUUCACUAAAGCACAUAAACAUCUCAUGUUGUUUUAAUUAUACACACUAAUGAAUCAGCUGUACAUUUCUCAGAUUGGUGCAUUUUAAAUACAGGUUGCUGAAUGCAGACAAUGCUGUAUAUGAGCUGCAACACAAUUCUUUAAAUAACUUUUUGGAUUGCGGUCUCUCUUCAGAAUAUUAAAAUAAUUUUAUCUUUUGUUUUUUCAAAGAGUGGAAGAUUAUAUAAAGAGCAAUGUUUUUACACAUUUAGUCAGCAAGUAGAAUGUUUCUGUUUUGGGUUAUUUUUAGUCCUUUUAUGUGUAAAAUCAAGGAAAUAUACAGCCAUCAAGGCUAAGAUAAAUUGUCUUUCUGCUGUUACAUGUGUAUCAGUAUCCUGGUUAUGACUGGACUUGAUUUGUUGUGGGUUUCUAGUUAAUGUGUGGCACACUAGUUGGAGUACUCUGAUAGAAACCAGGAUACUGUGGCUCUCAAACCCUUUUUCUAAGUUUCUGAACAUCAUUUGCUGAUGAAGAUAAGUAAAAUCAGUGAAAUCAUCGUCUUUUGGCCAGUAUUCAGAGUUAAGAUUAUCAUUAUAUGAGUAGCUCAUGGAAGUGGCUUAGUCUAAACAAGACUUCUACUACUGUAAAGGUAUAUGCCUGAUUAUUCCUAUGCAUGUAGAUUAUAUGCAAUGGCAUUGUCCAUACAAUGGGUAUGAAAACUCAAGAAGUUGUAACAGAGAGAACCAGCUUCCCUGGAUUUUUGGGUUAAGACCCUGUGAAAUCAAAUGCUUCUGUGUGAUCUUCAUAGUACUAUAUGUCGUCUUUACACCAAUAUCUUUUCAAAUAGUCUGGUAGCCAUACAAACUUCUAAUUUAACAGGAAGUGUGUAAGCAUGCAGAGAACAAUAGCUCUACCUAAGCCAUUAUAUGGGCCCUAUGGGUGGUUUGGACUGGAUUUUUUCUUCUUCUUCUUUCUUCUAAAGGCUUUGUUGGUACAUUGAGUCCUUUUUACUCAAAUAUUCCCAGUAAACUUUUCCCAUCUCAGAAUCUUUAGUGGCUACCAUGAAGACUGUCUCCUUUCACGCUUCAUGUCUAAUUUUUGUCCUCACUGUUUAAAAGAUGUAUUUUCUUUUAAAGUAAAUUAUUUAUUUGCUGCCCUGUAAAAUGCAAUGACUUAUCAUUUUUUGGGAUGUUAAAUUAUCCCUUAAAUGAUUGAAGACAAUCAGGGUUUGGCCAUGUGAUGGCUGUAUUACAAAAGAAUGGCAGGAAGUUUCUCCCUCUACAGUAUUUCUGAUUUGUAAUAAAUUUGCACAAUUC